GGCGUUUACAUGCUGUUCAGUGAGUGUCCCAAAUCCAAAUAAAAAAAAUGCCUCGAAAGUAUUCCAAAAAGUUCUCGAAGCGAGAGACAUGUUCUGCAAUAAACUGCAAACGUUACCGGUCGACCAGCGAUGUGUCCUUCUAUCGGUUCCCAAAAGAACCACGAAGGUGUGCUAAGUGGGUCCAGAAUCUACAGAAUGCAGCCCUGAAGGGCAUAUCCUGGGAGCAAUUACACGAGAGCUACUGGGUGUGCAGUGCCCACUUCGAUGAUCGCCAAUUUAAAAACCAAUGUGAUGAACGGUGUGGCUUGAAAUGGAAUGCUGUGCCCACAAUAAUUGAUGUCCCGAACCCAAAGUUGCCACGUACCCGUAAAGCACGGAAGACUCGCACCUGUCCACUCUCUGAUGAGGAGGGCCACCAUCAGGGUGGGGAUCAGCGCCUGAAAACCAAGAGCAGGAGACUGCCAAGUCAGGAGAGUCUUGGAAUGGGGAGUUCCACACAGCACAAUGGGCUCGACACAGACUGCAGUCUUCAGGAUUUCAAGGAUGACUCUGGUGGAGAAAUAAAUGGAUAUGCAGAGAGUCAAGAGGAUGUUUUUGUUGGAGUCCCGGCGAUGGAUGAAGUCCCAUUGGAUAGCACAAAUGCCAGAGACGGACUUGUUCACCAGUCGUCCAAAAGACAAACUCCUGUGGUGGAUCAAAGUCUCACACCACCAGACCGCCUCCCUCCCUAUGCUGCUGACAUCAUGGCAUUGUCUGAUAUUUUCCAAUCAGAGCUCCUAUUUGUCAUUAAGGAAUUAAUCAACACAGCACAAUUGGAGAUCGCCAAAGUUGUAAUAUCAUGUGGCGAAAGGAAUGUCUCCAUGACAACAGAAGACAGCAACAACACCAAACUUCUGCCUACACGAGAAGACCAGAAAAAUGACAUGAUUCUCAUUUCCUCCAUACUGGAAAUGUUUGGACGUGAGACUAUACGCAAGCUCAGCAGAAUUUUUACAGAGUGCUGUGCAGCUUUGCAAAAGGAGUGCAAGCAAACUAAGCAGGAGAACAACAGCCUGAAGAGGAGGCUUAAGAAUAUGCAGAAAAUGCCUAAGAAGAAGGUUAAUAUCAAGGAGCGGCCCUUAGCACUACGAAAGGCCAAUUCUUCCUCAAGGUGUACCCAAAAAGAUUCACAUUUGACGGCACCAGCAGCACCCUCAACACCAUCAACAGGCCUGCCGCCCCUUACCUCACCUCUGCUGAUGUCAGCGGCCACCUUUCAGAAAGAUGAGACUCUAGGAAUGGGGAGUUCCACACAGCACAAUGGGCUCGACACAGACUGCAGUCUUCAGGAUUUCCAGGAUGAUUCGGGUGGAGAAAUGAAUGGAUAUGAGAGUAAAGAGGAUGUUUCCGGUGGCGUCCCGGCGAUGGAUGAGGUCCCAUUGGAUAGCACGAACGUCAGAGGCGGACCUGUUCACCAGUGGUCCAAAAGGCAAACUCUUCUCGUGGAUCUCCGCCUUACACCACCAGACCUCCUCCCUCCCUCCCCUGAACAAAAGAGUACACAUAAUGAACAUCUAAAUGACACAAAUCAGCAAACAGCCAACAUUAAACCUGAAAACACACACAGCUGUGACCAGUGUGAAAAGAAGUACUGUAGCCUAAAAGCUCUCCUGAAGCACAAAGUCUUACAUGAUCGCAAUUCACAACAGAAUCCCAUCACACAAGAGGUUCGCGAAUACAGAUGUGACAUAUGUGAUAAAGUAUGUACCAAUCUACGUUCCUUGCAAUCCCAUCAGUUAAUGCAUGUGGAAAUGAAGCCUUUCAUGUGUAUAACAUGUGGGAAAUGCUUCAAUCGGUUAGGAACUCUGAGGGGGCACGAGAAACGUCAUUCAGGGGAAAGGCGUUACCUGUGUGAUCAAUGUCCUAAGGCCUUCUUUAAGUUGGCUCACCUGAAACAACACACCCAAAUUCACACAGGAGAAAAGCCCCACAAAUGUGACUUGUGUCAGAGGAGCUUCAGCCAACUCUCUAAUCUCAGGAGACACCAAAUUUUUCACGCUGGCGCGAAACCGUUCGCUUGCGUGGUGUGUUUGAAAGGUUUCUCUCAGAAAUGCCACCUGAAGCUUCACAUGCAGAUGCACGGAGAAGGCGAAAAACCUUUCAAAUGUGAAAUCUGUGGGAAGGCCUUUGUUUAUAACUUUGCUCUCAAAAAUCAUAUGCUAAAACAUGAGGGGAAAUUUGUGUAUAGAUUGGUAAAUGGUAACCCCAUAAAAUGUCCUGUUUGUGGUAAAUUUUUUAGUAAUCGGGCUGUGCUAAAAAAUCACACAAUGCUGCAUUCAGGACAGAAACCGUUUAAAUGUGAAGUGUGUAACAAAGCAUUCAUUCAGAAAAUAUCUUAUACCCAACACACCAGAAUCCAUACUGGAGAGAAGCCAUUUAAUUGCUCCAUGUGUUCAAAGCGUUUCCGUCUGAAACAGUUACGUGACGCACACAUGCGCAUUCACACGGGAGAGAAACCGCACAAGUGUCAAACUUGUGGACUGGCCUUCACUACAUACACUAAUUGGAAGAGACACAUGCGUGUUCACACUGGUGAAAAGCCGUUCUCCUGUGAAGUUUGUGGAAAGCGGUUUAAUCAGCACGGCCACCUGAAGACUCAUAUGCAAGUUCACACUGGGGAAAGGCCAUAUUUCUGCGAGAGGUGUGGCAGGAGGUUUGGCUGUCAUAGAACCUUGAAAAAGCACAAGUGUGUUCCUUGUUAAAUUUCCCUAGAAAUCCUUUUGUUCCAAUAAAAUGUUCUGAAUUGAAUCUGAAUUUGAAAUGGAUGUCAGCCUCUUAGCUUAUCUCAGAAAUCUGCCAAACCAAACGGUUAAAGCAAUCAGCUGCUUGAAUGUAUAAUGAACUGUAAUAUACACUGCAAGUGCAGUUAUUUUCAAGUUUAUCUUUAUUUUUAUCAUGUAAGUGUAACCUGGCUCUCACCAGAUCGGCAUGUUUCGGCUCAGCUUUGUAAGUGACUUGUGGAUCUGGGUGAUGCUGAGGGAAGUUGGAGAAGCCAUGGUGCCAUCUUGUUGCCUUUUCAAUUACAUCAUAAAGCCCCAGCAAGGCAGCACUUCAACUGCAACAGUGUACAUUCCAUUAUCCAACGUUUCGGGGACUUUUCCCCAUUCAACAUCCAGAUUGCAAAUGUGAAAAUAACUUUGAAUUUUACUUUGUGUAAUAAUUUUUACUACUGUGUGUACAUACUACAGUUAUUUUCAUGUCCAUUUCAUGACAUUUCCUCAAACAACAUUCUGUUUUGAAAAAUUGUCAGUUUUGGGAUUUAUCCAUGUUAUUUGAAAAUGCAAUGUAUGUUUUGAGAAAUGAGCCAAACCAAUGAGAACACAGUAAUAUAUUUACAAUAAAGUCAGUAACUGUAAAAUGUCCUUGGUAGAAUUAAUAAAUGGUCUGUGUUGUCAAAUUCA